UCAAGGUUUCAUGGUUUAAAAGGGACUUCUCUGUGGCUUCAUCAAUAUAAUACCGUAUGUGUUCCAGACAAGCGCUUCAUUGGACGCGUGUCAAAGCUCCCAAAGACGACCCGAGGAUGAGCCUACACGUCUGGUGUAUGUUGGUUCUGUUUCUCUGUCCGAGCACUAAAGAGAUGGUUGUCGAUAAAACCAGACCGACAAGGUGGCAUUCAUAUCAGAUGGAAAAAGGACAAAACAUCAUCCGAAACCUUAAAAGGCAUUCAGACGGGACUUUCACCAGCGACUUGACCCACGUUCUCGAUAAGAUUAAAGCUAAAGAUUUUGUGGAGUGGCUGAGCAGCACCAAAAGACAAGGGUGUCAUGAAGACCUGCUCCACCUGGCAGCAGAAGUUUAAUGUACUAUAUACUUGAUAUUGCUUUACGUCAUCCAUCCACAUAAAAGAAGAUGAAUCCACUGCAACAACAUUUAAAAUAUUGUUCAGUUUAUUUAUUAUAUUUAUCCUCAAAUAAAAUGUAUGUUUCCAAAUAGGAAACACAGUGGAGAAAAAAUAUUAAAGAUGUUUAGUUUUUUAUCUAAUGCUCUUAUUUUGAAAUGUCCAUCUACAGGCUUAGUAUUAUUUCAAAUGCAAUCAUGUUGAGAUACUGCCACCUUACAACAAAUUUUGCUUUUGUGAAUAAACUAAGAUGCAAGAUGAAAAAGAAAAAUGAAGAAAAGUAGUUCAGGGUCUUUU